AAAAGUCUUUAAGUCCCUACUUUUUAGAAAUUGUUUAUUAGUCAGCCCCUUUCAUUUGCUGCCUUUUCAUUUCUUACGGAAAAACUGACAAUCAUAGAGAGAGAGGCUCAGUGCUGGAAGCUCCCUGAAUUUUCCUUUCACUUGGAUUUUAAUUGGGUUUUGAAGGGUUUAAGGUUUUGAGUGAGGGAAAUUUUGGGAUUACUUGGAGGGUUUAUUGAUGAUGGAGAAUCAGCUUGUGGGCUCAGAGAUACAUGGAUUCCAUACAAUGCAAGAUUUGGAUGUUCCGACUAUUAUGGAAGAAGCCAAAUCAAGAUGGCUCCGCCCAAAUGAAAUUCAUGCAAUACUUUACAAUUACAAGUAUUUCACCAUCCACGUCAAGCCAGUGAACUUGCCACAAAGUGGCACCAUUGUACUGUUUGAUCGGAAGAUGCUUAGAAACUUCAGGAAAGAUGGCCAUAACUGGAAGAAGAAAAAGGAUGGGAAGACAGUUAAAGAAGCUCAUGAACAUUUGAAAGUUGGCAAUGAAGAAAGAGUUCAUGUAUACUAUGCACACGGUGAAGAUAGCCCAACCUUUGUCCGGAGGUGUUAUUGGCUACUUGAUAAGAGUCUAGAACAUAUAGUACUUGUUCAUUACCGUGAAACACAGGAGGUUCAGGGUUCUCCGGUCACACCUGUGAAUUCAAACUCUAGUUCUGUCUCUGACCCAUCUGCUCCAUGGUUUUUAUCAGAAGAACUUGAUUCUGGGGCUAACAAUGCAUAUUGUGCUGGUGAAAAUGAGCUUCCAGAGCUUGGUGACAGGUUGACUGUUAAUAAUCAUGAACAGAGGCUCCAUGAUAUUAAUACACUUGAAUGGGAGGAACUUCUGGUUACAAAUGAUUCUAAAGAAAAGCCAGACAACAUUUCAGGCUAUGACCAGCAGAAUCAAGUCGUGGGAAAUGGCUCUAAUAGUGGCGGAGCCAGCAGUUUAUCAGCUGAAAUUUCUUCUAUUGGUAAUUUAACAAAUCCAACCGCAGGGGGUGAAAACAUUCAGUUCAAUCUUCCAGGCCGUCAUGUUGAGACUGUGGGGGGUGAAGUGAAAUCAAAUGCCCAGAGAAGGGAUUCUAUUGCCAAGGAAGACAAGACAGUUUUGGAUACUAAUGGAUUAUAUAGUCAAGACAGUUUUGGAAGGUGGAUAAACGAGAUCAUGACAGACUCUCAACCUUCAGUGGAAGACCCAGUACUUGAUUCCUCACUUUCAGCUGCGCAAAAUUCAUUUGCUUCUCCCGCUAUGGAUCAUCUUCAAUCUUCUGUUCCUCAGCAAAUAUUUAACAUAACUGAUAUUUCACCUACAUGGGCUUUUUCAAAUGAAAAAACAAAGAUUCUAAUCACUGGCUUCUUACAUAAAGAGUUUUUUCAUCUUGCAAAGUCAGAUCUACUUUGUGUUUGUGGUGAUGUAUGUCUUCGUGCGGAAAUUAUUCAGACUGGGGUGUAUCGCUGUUUUGUACCUCCACAUUUGCCCAGAGUCGUAAACCUUUUUAUGAGUAUUGAUGGCCAUAAACCCAUCAGCCAAGUACUAAACUUCGAAUAUCGUGCUCCUGUUUUGAGUGAUACAGUAGUUUCUUCAGAAGAUAACAAAUGGGAAGAAUUCCAAGUACAGAUGCGGCUUGCUUAUUUGCUUUUCUCCUCAUCUAAGAGCCUUAACAUUAUAUCUAGUAAAGUGCCCCCGAAUGCCCUGCAAGAAGCCAAGAAGUUUUCCCACAGAACCUCUCACAUAUCUAAUAGCUGGCCAUAUUUGAUGAAGGCAAUUGAAGAGAACAAAACUCCCUUGCCGCUGGCAAAGGAUAGUCUGUUUGAACUAAUUUUGAGGAACAGGCUAAAGGAUUGGCUGUUGGAGAAAGUUUUUGAGGUCUCUAAAACCAAAGAAUAUGAUGCUCAUGGUCAAGGAGUAAUCCAUUUAUGUGCUAUUCUAGAAUAUACAUGGGCUGUUCGCUUGUUUUCAUGGUCUGGCUUGUCAUUAGACUUUCGUGAUAGACGUGGAUGGACAGCCCUUCAUUGGGCGGCAUAUUGUGGAAGGGAGAAAAUGGUUGCAGUACUUUUAUCUGCCGGGGCAAAGCCAAACUUGGUCACAGACCCCACGAAAGAUAACCCUGGCGGAUCCACUGCUGCUGAUCUUGCAUUCAUGAAGGGCCAUGAUGGCUUAGCAGCUUAUCUUUCAGAGAAGGCUUUGGUAGAACAAUUCAAGGAUAUGCGCAUGGCUGGAAAUGCUAGUGGCUCUCUUGACAUUCGCUCAAACUAUGCAGCAAACUCUGAGAGCCUCAGUGAGGAAGAGCUAUAUCUGAAGGAUACUUUGGCAGCUUAUCGGACAGCUGCUGAUGCAGCAGCACGAAUACAGGCUGCCUUCAGGGAGAACUCACUUAAACAAAAGACUAAAGCGAUUCAGUAUUCCAUUCCAGAGGCUGAAGCACGUGGUAUUAUUGCAGCACUGAAAAUUCAACAUGCCUUUAGAAACUAUGAGGCAAAAAAGAAAAUCAAAGCUGCUGCUCACAUUCAAUAUAGGUUUCGUACAUGGAAGAUGCGUCAAGAAUUUCUUAGUUUGCGUCGUCAAGCUAUCAAAAUUCAAGCUGCUUUUCGGGGCUUCCAAGUGCGGAGGCAGUACCGUAAAGUUCUCUGGUCAGUUGGAGUGCUUGAGAAAGCUGUUUUGAGAUGGCGCUUCAAAAGAAGAGGGCUUCGUGGGCUUAAGGUGGCCCCAGCUGAAGUCAGUGCAGAUCAGAAUCAGGAAAGUGAUACAGAAGAAGACUUCUACAGGGCCAGCCGGAAACAAGCUGAAGAGCGUAUUGAAAGAUCUGUUGUACGUGUUCAGGCCAUGUUCCGCUCAAAGAAAGCACAACAAGAAUAUAGUAGGAUGAAGAUGGCCCACGAUGAAGCAACGCUGGAAUUUGAUGAUUUUCUUGAUCCUGAUGCAAUCAUGGAUAAUUGAAGAAACUUCGGAGGUCCGGACGGGCAAUUGAUAACAUUUGAGGGGUUGUGCUCUCUGCUUGUGUAGCCUGUACAUCUUGUAAAUGCCUAGAACAAUUAGUUCUGUGCUUUAGACCCUUUCAGACCGUUUUUAGGAUUGUUGGGAAGGUCUUUCAGUGUUGUAUGAUCAGGACCCGGUCCUAAUACGUUGCUUCUCAGGUUUUAACGUCAUUGUGAACGUUAUGAGCACCGGCUCUUCCUUAUAAAUUCAGUGUUUUUAAUCUU